CUUAGAUCUAGAGAGAGACCGACAGAUAAAGCAAGAAUAAAUGUCCGACGAGCAGCCAACGGUAGCCGGAAGGCGUCGGACCCGUGGCGCUGCUGCGGAGGCACGUGCAGAGGCGCUCGAGCGGCUGAAGGCUCUCCGAAGCGGUGGUCGCCGGGACCUUGACUUCCAGGUCAAGGUGGACCAACCGAUCUACGAUACGGUGGACGAGGAGGAGUACGAAGCCCUAGUUGCCAAGCGCCGGGAAGAAGUCAAGGGUUUCAUAAUCGAUGAUGACGGCCUAGGUUACGGCGAUGAGGGCCAGGAAGAGGAUUGGUCCCUCGCCGGUGUUCCCUUAUCAUCUGAAGAAUCGGAGGGAGAACCCGAGAGGCCUAAAAGAAAGAAAAAUAGUAAUAAUCUGGAGAAAAAAGAGAGAGAAAUCACCAAAAAGCCCUCGGCUCUUCAAUCGGCAGCUGCACUAAUGGGGAGGCAGAGGAUUUCUAAUAUGUUCACAUCAUCAGUGUUUAAGAAAAAUAGGGAGGAUAAUAAAGCCACUAAUUUGUCAUGCGAUAGUAUUGUCGAUGAAGUGAUUGCAGAGUUUGCGCCCGAUGAGAAUGAUAGGGAGAAGCGUAGGAGAGGGAAUCUGAAUAACUUGAAGAAUUUUGUACCUGUUAAUUUGAAUGAUGCUUUGGUUAAGCUUGAAAAGACUGUUACUGGCGGUGUUAAUUCCAGCGUUUCAGAUGAAAUUCAGGAGAUCAAUUUUGGCGGGAGCCAGUCAUUGUUCCAUUUGGAACGGGGUGAAAGUAUGAUGGGCAAGGAGAAGGUUAUGCCUAGGGAAACUGAAGAAGGCAGGACUUUAUGUAAUGAAUCAAAAGAGGAAGGGAAGGAAAAUAGUGAAUGUUCGGAUAAUAAAAACCAGAAUGAAGAUAGUUUGUUAAACAGGGUUGAAGUAAAGGAGGAGUCAGCUGUGAAGGAGAAGGAAAAGGUGUUCAGUCUCAAUGCAAAAAUUGAGGAAUCGAAGGAUCUGGAUUUGAGUGCGACUCUGGGAUGGCAGGCCGUAAGGAGCGCUGGAGAAAUUGUGAUUGCUGAUGAAUAUGGACCAAACCAGAGCUCUAGCAAUGAGGAAAAGUCUGACUUUGAAGUGGAUUCCAAAGGGUCAUUGCCUUUCUACAUACUUGAUGCACAUGAAGAAAUUUAUGGUGCUAAUGCAGGGAACCUCUAUCUAUUUGGAAAAGUCAAAGCUGGAGAUACAUAUCAUAGCUGCUGUGUGGUUGUAAAGAACAUGCAAAGAUGUGUUUAUGCUUUCCCAACAGUUCCUUUUCUGCACAAUGACACAAUUGCUAAGCUAGAGAGGGACAUUGAAGAUUCUCGAAUGUCACUCAAAACUUUUAAAGAAACCAUAAAGCGAGAGAAAGAUGGUGAACAAUCCCGAAUUUCAUCCACAGAUUAUAAAGACACAAUUGCAAAGCUAGAGAGUGACGUGGAAGAGUCUCAAAGCACUCUGUGCACUCGGCUGCAUGAGAUGGCAUUGGCCGUGAAAACUGAAAUGGCAAAGCAGUUAGUGGAUCGUAACGUUUCAAGUUUUAGCAUGGCACCUGUCAAGAGAAAUUAUGCUUUCGAGCGAACAGACAUACCUCAUGGGAAAAAUUAUGUCCUCAAGAUCAACUAUCCAUUUAAGGAUCCAGUGCUACCAUCAGAUCUCAAGGGAGAUCACUUCUAUGCUUUGCUUGGAACUCAUAGCAGUGCCUUGGAGCUCUUUCUUGUUAAAAGGAAAAUAAAAGGACCUUCAUGGUUGUCAAUUUCGAAGUUUUCCAGCUGUCCAGCUCCUCAACGUGUGAGGCUUUUACAGCUCUACAUGUUCUAUCAUUUAUAUCAAUGUACUGCACAUCUCAGUGAAAGAGCUUUGUUAAAUCGUUUGAUGAUUGAGUUGCACAAAUUGGAUAGCGAUGUUCUAGUUGGGCACAAUAUAUCUGGGUUUGACCUGGACGUCAUCCUUCACAGAGUUCAGGCUUGCAGAGUGCCCAGCAGUAUGUGGUCAAAAGUAGGCCGUCUCAAGCGCUCUGUUAUGCCCAAACUUAAUAAAGGAAGUUCCACGUUUGGCUCAGGAGCAAGCCAAGGGAUCAUAUCUUGCAUUGCCGGCCGUCUCUUAUGUGAUACUUACAUAUGUUCUCGUGACCUAUUAAAAGAGGUUAGCUAUUCCUUGACACAAUUAGCAAAAUCACAGCUAAAUAAAGACCGUAAGGAGAUCACUCCGCACGAUAUUCCUCAUAUGUUCCAGAAUUCUGAAUCACUCAUGGAACUUAUCGAGUAUGGUGAAACAGAUGCAUGGUUGUCUAUGGAACUUAUGUUCCACUUAAGUGUUCUUCCACUCACACGUCAACUGACUAGUAUUAGUGGAAAUCUUUGGGGGAAAACUCUCCAGGGUGCAAGGGCUCAGAGAGUAGAAUAUCUGUUAUUGCAUGCGUUUCAUUCAAAGAAAUUUAUUGUCCCAGACAAGUUUUCCACUCAGUCCAAGGAAAUGAAGACAACAAAACGUACACUGUCUAAUGGUGUUGAGGGACGAGAGAUUGAUGACGUGGAUGCUGAUGACACAAAUUUUAAUAACGAGCCUUCAGAGAUUGAACAUGGGAAAACCAAGAGGGGACCUUCCUAUGCAGGUGGAUUAGUUUUAGAGCCCAAAAAAGGUUUAUAUGAGAAGUAUAUAUUGCUUUUGGAUUUCAACAGUCUUUAUCCUUCCAUUAUUCAGGAGUACAAUAUAUGUUUCACUACAGUUGAAAGAUUUGCAGAUGGAUCAGUUCCCCAUUUACCAUGUGUUAAAACUACUGGAGUUCUACCAGAGUUACUAAAGAAUUUGGUGGAGAGGAGGAGAAUGGUGAAAUCAUGGUUAAAAACAGCAUCUGGUCUCAAGGUUCAACAACUUGACAUACAUCAGCAAGCUCUGAAGCUGACAGCAAACAGUAUUUAUGGAUGUCUGGGAUUCUCCAACUCCAGAUUCUUUGCGAAACCACUAGCAGAAAUCGUUACGCAACAAGGAAGGGAAAUUCUACAAAGUACCGUUGAUCUUGUUCAGAAUACUUUGAACUUAGAGGUUAUAUAUGGAGAUACGGAUUCAAUAAUGAUUUAUAGUGGACUAGAUGACAUUGUAAAAGCGAAAUCAAUUGCAGCAAAGGUCAUACAAGAGGUGGGUUUUGAAUGUGACAUCAAGAAAGAUGGCAAAGUGGGCAGAUCAUAUGAUCCAUUUCCAUGGAAAACGGAGGUAAAUGUGAAAAGACAGAAUAUGAGCAGCCAUAUUCGUGUCUAG